AUGGCCGAAGAGUCACCCCCCAAAACGACGGGCUUCGUCGAUAAGCUGAAGAAUGUCUUUGGAUAUUUCGCGAUUUACGUACAAGUGAAUCCCACCAAGUUCGAUAUCCUGCUGCUUAUCACCGGUCUUAUUUUCGCCAUUGCAUCUGGAGUCCCAUUCCCCUUACUGGGUAUCAUCUUCGGUCAACUGAUCGAUGAUUUCAACUCGGAGAGCUGUACUGCUAAAGCAGACUACAGCCCUGGGGUUCAAGCUUCUUAUCAGUCUGAAGUUAACAGCAAAAUCCUCUAUGUUCUCUAUCUCGCCAUCGCCCAGUUCGGUUUCAUGUACAUCCAACUCGUAUGUUGGUCUCUUGGUGGCGCGCGGCUGGCACAGCGCUUGCGCGAGCAGUAUUUCCGCAGCAUGUUGCGCCAGGAACCCUCUUUCUUUGAUGACUUACCUUCCGGAGAAGUCUCCUCGAGACUGAAUGGUGACAUCUCAACUAUUCGCUCUGGAACUUCGGAGAAAGUAGGAAUCUGCAUCUCCAGUGUUUCCUUCUUUGUGACAUCUUACGUCGUUGCUUUCAUCAAGGAUUCGAAGCUAGCGGGGAUCUUGGUCUCGCUAGUGCCAGCAUAUUUCCUCAUGUCACUGGUCGGAGGCUGGUUCAUUGAGAAGUAUUCCGGUACGAUGUCCGAUUGCUUUGCCGCUGCUGCUUCGGUUGCUUCAGAGGGAUUGUCCAAUGUGUCUGUUGUGCACGCUUUCAAUGCAAACCACCGUCUGGAAGAGAAGUUUGAAGGCCAUUUGCGCAUGGCACGGAAUGAGGGUUUGAAAAAAGCUCUGGCCACCGGUGUGCAAGCGGGCUUUAUGUAUUUCAUUGCCUAUGCCGCCAAUGCUCUGGCAUUCUGGCAGGGUAGUCGGACUAUUGCAAACUCCGUCGCCAGUGGAGGCGGAGGCGCAUCAGUCGGAUCAAUCUUCACCGUGAUUUUCGUUCUAGUAGAUGCGACCCUCGUUCUGAGCCAAGUUGCGCCGUUCCUGCAGAUUUUCGGAGCGGCAUCGGCUGCCUUUGCCAAGCUAAAGAGAGAUAUGAACCACCAGUCUGCGAUCAACGGAAUGUCUGAGACAGGGUUUGCUUUGCCAUCUUCUACGGCUGGACACUUUGAGCUGCGCAACGUGUCUUUCACUUACCCUUCACGCCCGGAACAACAGGUCCUUCGCAACGUCUCCUUGGAAUGCCCAGCAGGAAAGCAAACUGCUAUCAUUGGAUUGUCAGGUAGUGGUAAAUCUACUGUCGCCAGUAUGAUGCUUCGACUGUAUGAUCCCCUUGACGGAUCGAUUCUGUUGGAUGGCCAAGACGUGCGCGAUAUCAACACCCGUCAGCUUCGAAGCUGCAUUGGAAUGGUUCAGCAGGAAGCGACAUUGCUCGAUCGAUCGAUUUUGGAAAACAUUGCCCAUGGUCUUGUCAACUCGGCUUCCCCUGAACACGAAGGUCUCCACUCGGUGUUGAUCGGUGGGCAACUUGGUGAAGUGGCUACUGCAAUCCGAGCAGGCGAAGAUGAAAUUAAGGUCGCUGAAAGAUAUGGUCCUGAGGUAGUGAAGAUUGUCGAGAUGGUCCAGCACGCGGCUGAAUUGGCCGACGCUGCACGUUUUAUCAAUCAGCUCUCCGAAGGGCUCGGAACCAUGGUGGGAUCCAACGGUACCUUGCUCAGCGGUGGUCAAAAGCAGCGAAUUGCAGUCGCGCGUGCGCUGGUCAAAGACCCCAAGGUCUUGAUUCUCGAUGAGGCCACAGCAUCCCUCGAUUCGAGGAGCGAAAAAGAAAUUCUUGAAGCUGUUGGGCGUUGUUCUGAGGGCAGAACAAUGAUUUCGAUUGCGCACCGUCUUUCAACCAUCAAAAGCGCCGACAAAAUUAUUGUGAUGCGGGACGGAGGGGUUGUUGAAGAAGGCAACCACACUGAGCUGAUGACCCAACAAGGGGCGUAUGCCGCUCUUGUCGAACUACAGAACCUCAACACCGACUCCAACCCACCAAGUGAAGCAACCGAUGACCACUCCGCAGAUAUCACAGAGAAUGCGAAAAACAGCGACCAUGAAAAUAUCCCUGAGACUGUCAAGAGUAAAGAGGUUGUCAUUGACACAACCGAGAAACCCUUGGACGCCCCUUCGCAGACACCUGCAAAGAAGACUCUGUGGUACUUGACCAAGGGAAUGCUUCCAAUUAUGCGCCCAUACCUACUCAUUGCUCUCCUUGCGCUCGUGGGCGCCAGUAUCGUCGGCGCUGCCUUCUCUGCCGAAGCCGUGAUCUUCGGUAACACCGUCGGCAGCCUCACACCCUGUGAAACACCCGAAUAUAUUCGCUCGCGGGGUAACUUCUUCGGACUGAUGUUCUUUAUUCUGGCGAUCAUUGAGUUCUUUGCCAAUAUCGUCAGCUGGGUCGGUUUCGGAUGGGUGUCCGAGAAAUCGAUCUACAACGUUCGCGUCCUUCUGUUCCGCUCUCUAUUUGAACAAGACUUGUCAUGGCAUCAGUCUGAUGGCCGAAACCCUACUGGGCUACUAGGUUACAUUACCAACGAUGGAAACCUGAUCGCCGGCCUCAGCGGAUCGGUUAUUGGAACUAUUUUCUCGAUCUGUAUCAACCUUGUCGUGGCGGUCGUUCUGUCCUUGUGCAUUGCUUGGAAGAUUGCCUUGGUUUGUAUUGCGGUUGUGCCACUAUUGCUCGGUACUGGUGUUGUUCAACUGCACGUCCUGGGUCAGUUCGAAGAGCGCCAUGAAAAUGCAUUCAAUCAAUCCGUGAGUAUCAGUGUUGAGGCAAUCAACUCUAUCAAGACUAUCGCCUCUUUGUCUCUCGAGGAAGAAACAUUGGCCGCUUUCAGACGCACGCUUAACGGACCGCGUCGCGAGACCACAAUGGUCAGCCUCCACGCGAAUCUAUGGCUUGGUCUUGCCUAUUUCUUGGGUAAUCUCUCCUAUGCUCUCGCAUUCUGGUGGGGAUCCAAGCAGAUCUUCAACGGAACCUACAGUGAAACUCAAUUUAUCAUCGUCAUGUUUGCUCUCCUAGUCAGCGCACAGCUCUGGAGUCAGAUGUUUGCUCUAGCCCCAGAGGUAUCAAACGCUCGCGCUGCGGUCGCACGAGUUCUCGCAAUUCUUGAACUCGGAUCCGCGGGAACUAAGUCGUCGGUUCUCGAACCAUCAACCGAGAAGGAUGUCGAGGGCACUGGACCAACCAAGUCUCUGGCACCAAACACCCAAGGCGGAGUAGAUAUUGAGUUCCGCGAUGUCAAAUUCUCUUAUCCAGCACGCGCUCACGCCCCCGUUCUCCGCGGUCUCAAUGUCCACGUCCGCCCAGGCCAGUUCUGCGCGUUGGUUGGACCCUCUGGAGCAGGUAAAUCAACAAUCAUAUCUCUCGUCGAGCGUAUGUAUCUGCCAACCUCUGGCGAGAUCCUCGUCGAUGGUACAGACAUCACCAAGCGCGAGGACAUUUCAUUCCGCGAUCAUAUCGCGUUGGUACCGCAAGAAGGGGUGCUAUUCGAAGGCAGCGUUCGCUUCAACGUGUCCCUGGGCGCUCGUCCCGGAACAGAAGUUUCUGACGCCGAGAUCGAAGAAGCAUGCAAACUGGCCAACAUUCACGAAACAAUCAUUAAUCUACCAGCGGGCUAUGACACGCUAUGUGGUGCAAACGGCAGUAAGCUGUCCGGCGGACAAAAGCAGCGACUGGCUAUUGCCCGAGCCCUGGUGAGGAAGCCUCGACUGCUGAUCCUCGAUGAACCGACCAGUGCACUUGAUGCGGAGUCCGAAAAGCUCCUGCAGCAAGGCCUUGAGGUUGCAUCAAAGGGCAUCAGUGUCCUGGCCAUUGCGCAUCGUUUGAAUACUAUUCGCAAGGCGGAUACAAUUUACCUAAUCGAGGCUGGGUUGUGUGUUGAUGCAGGUACGCAUGAGGAGCUGUUCAAGCGCUCUGAAAGCUAUCGGACAAAUGUGCUCAGCCAGAGCUUUGGAGGGGAGUGA